GGAAGAGUUUAGCAUCAGUAGAUACGUUGUUCCCAUAGUGUUCGAUCCUCAAAAUGUCAUUAGUUCAAGUGAUACUUCCAAUCUUGUACGCAGUAGCAUGUGUACAGGCUGGCCUUCUACCUCACUCAUAUGCAGGAGCAGGACAUACAGGGCUUUCAAUUGUAGGAGGAGCCUACGUUUCUGGACCUCCUGUUUCAGUUCCUGUUGGUCCUUAUGGUUCUGGAGUUGAUUAUCAUUCCCAUCCAAAAUACAACUACAACUAUGGUGUGUCAGAUGCUAUAACUGGCGAUAACAAAGCUCAAUCUGAGGUCAGAGAUGGUGAUGUUGUCAAAGGAUCUUACUCAGUAGUUGAGCCAGAUGGUUCCAUACGUGUGGUGGAAUAUGCUGCUGAUGAUGUGAGUGGUUUCAACGCAGUAGUCAAGAAAAUAGGUCCUAGUGCACACGCAGCACCUGCUCCUGUAGUGCCUAAUCCUAUUGCAGCAGGACACUAUGGUGGCUAUGCUGGACCUGCGGCAUAUGCAGGAUAUGGAGGACAUAGGGUGCAUUAUUAAUUAUGAGAAAUUUGUGAAUUUUAUAUUUUGAGGAAAUAAAAGAAAACUCGAA